ACAUCACUGCGCUUAUUGUUGUUCAUUUUGUCAAUAUAAACGGAACGUAUCGAAAAUGCGAAAACGAAACGCUAUUGAUAUUUUUCUUAAAAAAUGGCAGCCUUUAUGUCGUAAGCUUUUCUUUUCUAUUAAUGAAAAGUUUUUAUUAACAAUCUACAGACAGUUUAUGAUGCAAAUAGAAGCAAUUCAGAUGAGCAAUCGAUUUUACAAGGAAGACAUAUAGAUAUUACUAAUCGGAGUAACAAUGAGCAGUAUAUAUGUAGAGGCGUAGACAUUACGGCAUUUAUGCAAAUGUUGAUCGGUUCCGCCGAAGAAAAGGCGAGUGGUUCCGUACGAGCUUUAGAAGAAAAAGUGGAGAUGAGUGACAGCGCCGGUGCCGGAGCGGGCAGCGAGCCACGCGGGGGCUCCGCGGGCAUGGAGCGCGAGCUGGAGAAUACGCGGCGGCUACUGUGGGGCGAACAGGUCAAGGAGGAGGUGUUCCGGCGCUGGGCGCAGGGCUUCACGUUCAGCGCCGACGAGCCCAGCGCGCUCACGCAGCAGGAAGGGGGGCCUUGCGCCGCCAUCGCGCCCGUGCAAGGCUUCCUCCUUAAAAUACUCCUGUCGGAGACGCCCGGCCACAGUCUACGUGACCUUACUUCGGAGAAGUGCAACUCCCUCCUCGUCCGGGCCGUGUGUACAAUACUAAGCCAGUGUCUAGCGCCUAAGUAUAAUGUGGCGGUGUAUCAACGAAAAAACGAAACAGAAGCUGAAUCCAGCUCGGCCAGUGCCACGGAAGAGACAGAAACCCUGGAACAGUUUCAUCGGCGGAUUGAAAUUCACUCCUUCCAAGGAUUGUCAGAGGUUGAAGCGUUCUACACUAGAAACAUUCGUGUUUUGAAGGACAAGUAUGGAGUGCUACUACUGUUGUAUAGUGUGAUUCUCAGCAAGGGAGUAGGGGUUGUGGAAGCAGAGCUGUCAGAGUUGUCAGAUCCACUCAUACACUCCACAUAUGGAUAUGGGUCACAGGGACUGAUAAACUUGAUGCUGACAGGCCGGGCUGUGGCUCAUGUGUGGGACCAUGACCAGGUGGUUGGGGGCCUUCGGCUGCGUGGCAUUGAGCGGCAAAAUGAUAUUGGUUUUCUCACCAUAAUGGAGCACAUGCAGUAUUGCACUGUGGGGUCGUUCUACAAAAAUCCAAAGCAUCCUGUAUGGGUACUAGCAUCCGAGACGCACUUAACGGUGCUGUUCUCGUUCGAGCGGCGGUUAGCGGCGCCGGAGACGGCGGGAGAGUCGGCUGAGCGGAUCUUCCGCUCCUUCGAUCCAGAGGGUAACAAUUUCAUCCCAUCGGCAGCAUUGCAGGACGUGCUCUGCGCUGCCGAGCUUGUUUCGGAGCCGGAGUACGUGGAGCUCAUGCGGCGCAAGCUUGACGCGGAGAACCUGGGGAUUAUCCUGCUGAGCGCAUUCAUGGAGGAGUUUUUCCCAUCUUGUGAGCGAGGCUGUCCCGACACGUUCACACUGCACCAUUACAAUGGGCUAGCGCGGAGCAACCCGGGCGGCCGUGUAGCGUACCGCGCCGGGCGCGCGGCGCUGCUCGAGUGCCACAUGCGCGCCGCCUCGGCCGACCCCAUGCUCACCUGCCUGCAGACCAAGUGGCCCAGCAUCGACCUGGUCUGGGACGAGGGCAGCUCACCCUCCCUUAACUGAGCAGCUACAUUCUAAAGGACUGUGUCGUGAGUGAACUGUGCAGACCAUAAUUUAUUUGUAAAAUAUAAUUUUACAAGCUUCCCUUCGUUCCAGCAGUUUUAAUUUUAGGCUGUCACAGCUAGGAAUUGACACCAGACAUAGACUUAUUUACACUAUGGUAACAGUUUAGACUAAAUAUUUUUUUAAUAACGCUGAGGGGUUGUUGUCAAUGUUGUGCUGCAUAUGAUUUGUAUCAGUUUGCUUAUACCAUAGUUUAGAGACAUGCUCCUAAUGAUAUACACUAUAAUGAAAUAUAAAUAAAUUUAAUUUAGCCCCGCAUAGAAUUAGGUUGUAUAUAAAUGUAAUAGUGACAUAGUAAUAAUGGGACAUGUUGAAAUUUUAUUAUGAUGACAUUGGUGAUGUGCUUCGUGAUGGGGCGAAUGCGAGGGCGGGCAGCGGCUCACACUGUGGCCAACUAUUUCCACUUCGGUGUCGCUUGUACUAUUUGCAUUCUGCUUGUACAUUCAGGCGUUGGGUGUAGGUAGCGCUGCUGGCCGCCCGGAAUGUUUUGCUGUGCGAAUUUCUGCUGACUGCGACACGCGUUGCGAGGAACGAGUGUGGAACUGUAUUGAUCUUUGAGAUGCUCACAAGAGACAUUAUUUUACUCUGUAUUUUUAAAUUAGGGUCAGCUUUGUAUAAGCAAGUUAUUGUAAUUUUUUUGCAAGAAUGAUUGCCAUUUGACCUUUAUAGUCGAUCAGAAACUUUUUACUAUAGAAUUAUGUAAAUUCAGAAUGUUUGUUUUUAAAGGCUUCUCUUCCAAUCUAUUGUGAAAUUCGUUACAUAAACUUACUAAGUGGCAAAACGCCUUAGAGAAGUAUUAGGUCAUUACCUAUGAAAUUGGUGUUUUAUAUUAUUAUUAUUAUUAUUUAAUAAGCAGGCAGGCAGUUUGACAACUGAUAUGACCUGUAUCCAAUAUUCAUAAAGAUAUGAGAUUUUGUAUGGAGAACUUUAACGAAAUUCGAUUUUUCAUACAAUGAAUUUUGCGGAUUAUUUUGUGAUGGCAUUUUCAAACCAAACACAUUUUUGCCAGUAAUCUGAGACAUUUUUAAGGCACAUUUUCUAUCUCAUUUUUUUUUUAAUCUGUCCCGUCAGAAAAAUAUAAGUCAUUUAAAUACUCGAGCCGGCAGCACAUGAAAAGAGCUGUUUUCAGGGCGGUAUUCUGAAUACAUAAAACAAUAAAAGUAGCAAAUAAUUGUAUGUAAAAUCGUUGUUAUGUAGCGCACUAAUGACAUUAAAAAAUACUUCAUAGUAACUACUAAAAUAAAUAAACUAUGACAUGACUAAUACUUAUGAACAAAAACGCCAAUCAUAGGUAAAUGACCCGAUAUUUCGUGGCGCGUGGGAGUAAUCCUCCUUGCCCCCUAGACGAUAAAUUUCUGUAAAUAGCUAAGCUUUCAUUCCGCUUCAGCAGAUCAGCCUUGAAUAGGUAGCAUGAAUAAUCCCUAAUUUGCUGACUAGAUUUUAAUAAUGAAAAAUUUGAUUAUGACUUGUUCAUAUUUUUAAUUAUGUAUGCCCAAAAACGAGGAAGGAAAACAAACGAGGCGCUGUAGCAACACCUAAAGCUGAUCUCGUAUGCACUCCCACCAGGCUGACGAGAUCAGCUUUAGAACUGCGGGCGAGCGACAGGCCCGCAGCUUCCCGCGCGCCGCCCAGGUGUCAUUCCACCGCCAACCUGGCUCGUAAAAACACCCCGACCGAGUGAAAACUGCCUAAAGCAUAGUUCAUAUAGAAUUGGUACGCACUAGAAGAUUGUUAUUUUUUUAAGUUAAUGAAAUGCGGUGGUGGCCGAGUGGAUAUGACGUCCGACUUUCAAUCCGGAGGUCGUGGGUUCAAAUCCUGGCUCGUACCAAUGAGUUUUUCGGAACUUAUGUACGAAAUAUCAUUUGAUAUUUACCACUUGCUUUUCGGUGAAGGAAAACAUCGUGAGGAAACCUGCAUGCAUCUGCGAAGAAAUUCAAAGGUGUAUGUGAAGUCCCCAAUCCGCAUUGGGCUAGCGUGGGGACUAUAGCCCGAGCCCUCUCGCGCAUGAGAGGAGGCCUGUGCCCAGCAGUGGGACGUAUAUAGGCUAAAUUAUUAUAUUAUUAUUAUUAUUAUUUUUUAAUGCUUUUUUUAUUGGGUGACUGAACUUUGUAGUGUAGCUGGUUGCCAUGGUUUUAUGGUAUUUAAAUUUACCAAACAUGCAUGUUGUUAGGGUGACCAGAUCUGAUUUCCGGUUUUACGGGACAACUGCAUCGAAAAUACGGGAUUCAAGGUUAAAAUACGGGACAGGUAGUAUAUUUAAAAUCAACAUUCAUAUUUUAUUACAAAAAUUUGGCAUAAUGCAUAAUCAAAUAACCUGUACAAUAGCUAAAUUUCUUAAUGAAAGACUUUAAAAAACAAUAAUAAAUAUUAUAAAACAUAACAAUUUUUAUAUUGUCUGGAAAGGAAAAUCUGAAAUAAAUAAUCUGAUGAAUAACCUAUACAUAUACAUUUUGAUUUCUUUAUGAAUUACCCUUUAAAUAAUCAUAAUUCAACAAUUUGUUAAUUAUUCGGAUAAGAAUAUGUGGAUUAAUCUAACAUUAUUUACAAACUUAUUCUGACUUUCCCACCGAACAAUAAGAAAUAAACAAACAAUUAAUAAACACCCUAAUUUCUAAAUGAUUGGAAAAUGUGGAAUGACAACUAAAUAACCGCUGUGUGCAAAUAGGUAUUUUUAUCAUUAAAUUCCAUUUAAUUAUAAAUUUACGGGACAAUUUACUGUCCCGUAUUGGUUUCGACAAAUUACGGGACAAUGAUAAAUUUGUGCGUGAAAUACGGGAUAACCCGUAAAAUACGGGACAUCCCGUAAAUACGGGAUAACCCGUAAAAUACUGAACAUCGGUAAAAUACGGGACAUCCCGUAAAUACGGCCAACCCGUAAAACACGGGACAUCCCGUAAAUACGGCCAACCUGUAAAACACGGGACAUCCGGUCACCCUAAUUGUUGUGGUAUUUAUGGCUAUUAAGCCAUUUUCAUUAUAGGUUAUCUACUGUGUAUUACAGUAAAUAGCAAUGCAAAAUUUCAAACAAACGAUUAAUAUUGUUACAUUGUCCCCAGGGUAAUGGCACAGAAUAGCAACACAAAAGAGUUGAUUCACUUGCAUCGGAUCGAAUCGACCCGAUGCCGCAGCGAACGUGUUAAGAGCAUUGAUAUAUGUUAAGUACGGGCCUUACGAGCACUAUGAAUGGUGCUAGAUCUGCGGUGUCACUCAUAAAUUCCAGCCAAUCUUGCAGUCGCUGGUUGCGAACUCAUCAACCAAUCGCUUGGCUGCGUUAGACUGCACGAUUGGCUCGAAUUCGUGUGCGUGACGCUGUACUGGCCCCAUUCUUAUUGCCCGUAAGGACCGUCCUUAGAUAUGUCAAUGGUUAAGAGUAUUUCUUUUUGGCUGGUUCCUUUUUUUGUAAUUUUAAUAAGUGCGGUCAUUUGAUUUCUGUACCAUUUCUUAUCUGGUCACGGUGAUGAGGUCCCUUGCGGUCAGGGCUCGGAACCGGUUUAUUUUUAAAUCCCGAAAUAGCCCAAUAUUUUUAAUUAUUUUAUACUCUUUACGUAGGACUGGAUCAUGUAUUUAGGUAACAACUUCGCAUGAUUAGAUAGUCCCAUUAAAAAUUUUAUAAUAAACCAAAGAACGAAAAAUAACGUAAUAAAACUGGUAUUUUUUGUAUGAAGAAAAAACCGGUUCCGAGCCUUGCUUGCGGUAUUCAUAUUGCCUGUAACUGUGAAAAAAAAAAAAAAAAUAAUUAUUUGAAACAACACAUAAAUCUUAAAAUUAACAUUUGACUUUAGUAAAAUUUGUUGUCCCAAAGAGAUUUUCAGUGGACCUAAAUCUUAAAAUAGAAAUAAAAUACGUUGCAACAUAAGAAUAGUAAAAACAAUGUACGAAAUAUUACAUAAGGGUGAAUCAACUUUUUCACUUAGUGGAUGGACCUGUAUGAAACUGAUGUUCAAAUCCUGGUAAAGGCAUUUAUUUGUGUGAUGUCUGUUCCUAGUCAUGGGUGUUUUAUGUUAUAUACACCGUGGGCCAAUUAAACCCGACAUAUUUUAACCACGCAUUCCUGAGGUCAUAAGGAGCAAAAAAUGUUAUAUGAGUUUUGGCCAAAUUCGCCAAAAAACAAUUAUUUUUUGCCGAAAAAAAAAAUUCCUUUUGCGUUUUCUGCACACGACACGUUAUUUAUUUUUACACCUUGGUGAAAAAAAAUCAUUACAACGAAUAAGUAUAGUUUUUUUUUUAUUUACAGACGAUAAUUGCGAGUUUACUUUAAAACUUUAAUAUCUGUCAGUAGGUAUGUCUAAACCAAGUCACAUAGUGGCAGCGUCACAGCUAAAAAGGCGUUUUUGACUAAGUUAUAAAAGAAACAAAUUUUCACAGAAAUUGUCAUUAUCUCUAAAACAAGACCGAUUACAGAAAACAUUGUAUGACAUUUUAGUCUCUAAAUGCGGUCAAGAAUACACCUUUGAAAUAUGUCUGGUUUAAUUGGCCCACGGUGUAUAUCGUUGUCUAAGUACAUCAACUUAGUCAAUUGGUGUAAAAUGUCCUAUAAUAUUUUUUUAUUAUUUACGUAUUGCCAUAGGUAUGGUUUUAUGUUAUUUAAAAACUAACAUACAUUUUCAUGGCAGUUAAUAGCCCUUUUCCUAACAGUUUAUCUACUAUAGUACAGUCAGCGUCAAAUACUUCGUAGCAGUCAAAGUGGCCAAAUAGUUCGGUACCAUAUAUUUAGUAUGGUGUACCGAAUUAUUUGGCCACUUUGACUGCUACGAAGUAUUUGACGCUGACUGUACAUUGUGCAUUGAGGGCGUAAGUGAAAUAGACCCGCGUUUGCAAUAUGCUUAUCCCCCACACUUAGGCCGGUUGUAGAUGUCCGGUGUUUUCGCCGGAAACCGGACCGUGUUACGCGACUACGUCCGGUUUUGUACAUGGCUACCGACAGCUACACCCAAGAAAACCAGACAUCGUCGCCUAACCCGGACAAUUGUCCGGCGAAAACACCGGACAUCUACCUACAACCGGCCUUACACAAUGUUUUUCAUCACACUUGCGAAGAAAAAACAAAAUUUUAAGCUAAAUAAUUCUUAAAUACGUUGACAUUACAAACAUUAUUCCGCCAUAUUGUCCUCUGAGUCGUUAGGCAUCGAAGGCUCAGACCUGGCAUUCAGCCACAAUUAAUCAAUCAAUCAAUAUUGCUUACUUUUACAUAGCAAAAUAGUUUAGGUACAUAUAGAUCUAUAUAUUUAUACUGAUGUGCACGCCACGAUUGAAAAUUGUGUAAAAAUAUUUUAAACGGGUAUUAAAUCAAUGAAAUUAAAUCUUUUUAAACAAAUUUAUUUAUUAAUUUAAAAUUAUUAAUUAUUUUAUUAAUUUAAAAGUGAACCUACAUGGUUCGUAUGAAUUCGUGACAGAGUAAAAAUUAAAAAAGCCAUAACUCCCUAGAGAGUUACAGCUUUUUUCACAAUCCAUUACUCCCGCGGGAACAGUAUAGGCCUUAGUACACCUGCAUGAAAUAAGAUCUUUUUCGAGGAAGUGUUUUGAAAAGUGUAUUAGUAGAAAAUCCGAGUAUCUUCUAGCAAUCUGCUAAAAUCGACUGAAUGACAAGACAGAAUAAUAGGAAAUAAGUUGGUUCACCCUCAAAUCAUUUUCCUUACUGUACGGUCACGUCUGAAAACAUCGAUACGAAAAAAGUGUCAAAAAUAUGUAUACACGACUUUAUUGCCCAUGUAUUAAGGUAGUGUAUACAUAUUUUUGGCACUUUUUUCGUACCGAUAUUUUCAGACGUGACUGUACCCAGAAAAACUCUUGUUGGCAUCUUAUCUUAUUGUGUCUGAAAAUUGUACUAAAUUGUAAAAAUUGGAGUAGUUUUAACUUUCCCCUCGCAACGCCAACGCCGGUAUAUGUUUAUUUGUUAUAUCUACACGACGCGGUAUAAUUGUUUUAUUAUAUAUUCAUAUUAUUGUCAUACGUGUUAAAAUAGGGCCAUUUUAGUGUGACAAAGAUUAUACUUAUUGAAAGAUAUUUUCAGUUAGUUAUAAAAGUGUAACAUGCUUUCUUUGAUUAUA